GUUUAAUUUUCACUGUGUGGAGCAGUGUUCCUCUCAGUGAACAGCAGAUACAUUUCUCUCAGAAUAUCAUCACCUUCUGUUCCAGGAGAGACGGCCAGCUGAAAUCCAGUCUAAAGAGGCAUUUAGCGACUUCAGUAGAUCAUCGGUUAUGUUCUAAAACAAAGGAAGAGCAUUUCUCCAGGCGCAGCAGGGCUGAGGCAGGUUGAGUGUGUCUGCAGCUGGAGCCAUGGCACUCAGGUGGAUCAUUCUGUUCUAUGGCCUUGGACUGGCAACAGCUAAGCUUACAGGUGAUACAGAAACUGAUGUUGAUGAAGGUCAUGACUGGGACAUCUUUGACAUCAAUGAAGCUGCGGGGCUGAACCUGCUGGAAGGAGAUAUCGAACAGGACAAAACAUUCAGAAACACCAUCAUAGGAGACAAGUAUCGCUGGCCAACAACCGUUCCCUACUACCUAGAGGACAGCCUGGAGAUGAAUGCAAAGGGAGUGAUCCUGAAGGCAUUUGACCAGUACAGACUGAAGACCUGCCUUGACUUCACACCAUGGAAAAAAGAGAAGAACUACAUCUCUGUGUACAAAGGGAGCGGAUGCUCCUCCCAUGUAGGCAACCAGCGUGUGGGGAAGCAGCAGCUGUCCAUUGGUAAAAACUGUGAUAGUCUAGGAAUUGUUGAGCAUGAGUUCCUGCACGCUCUGGGCUUCUGGCACGAGCAGUCCAGAGCUGACCGUGAUGAUUACAUCACCAUCAUGUGGGAAAACAUCAAAUCAGGUAAAGAGCACAACUUCAUAAAAUACAAUGACACAGUGUCCAGCGCUCUCGGCGUUCCCUACGACUACGGCUCUGUCAUGCACUACGCCAAGACAUCCUUCAGCAUCAGCUCCAAGCCCACCAUCGUCACCAAGAUCCCCCAGUUCAUGGAUGUGAUUGGUCAGAGGACGGGGCUCAGUGCUAGUGACCUAACCAAGCUCAACCGUCUUUAUAACUGCACCAAGUCUUCUACCUUUGUGGACAGCUGUGACUUUGAGGAGGAGAACAUUUGUGGGAUGAUUCAGGCUCCUGGCCAUGCAAAGUGGGAACGACGUAGUAGUGCCCGUGGAGGGCCUCAGACUGACUUCUCCAACAUGGGACAGUGCAAAGGAAGAGGCUACUUCAUGCACUUCAGCACAGCCUCUGCUACACGUGGUGCUCGUGCUGUCCUGGAGAGUCGUUGGCUUUACCCCAAACCUGGUGCCCAGUGUCUGCAGUUCUUCCUCUAUAACAGCGGGGCAGCUGAUGAUGUUCUCAAUAUCCAGGUGCGACAGUAUGACAAGGCCAACCCGAGCGGUAAACUAAAGCUCUUCAAGAGAAUUUCAGGAGGUGUCAAGGGCUCCUGGGAACUGCAUAACAUCAAUCUGAAUAUGACACAGAAGGCCCGUGUGGUUUUUGAGGGUGUGAGGGGAAAGAAACCCUCAAAAGGAGGUUUCUCUCUGGAUGACAUUAACCUGUCAUCCACAACGUGUCCUCAACACACCUGGCACAUACGCAACAUCACGGGCCUGCUAGCUACCACACCAGCAGGAAAACAACUGUACAGCCCUCGCUUUCUGUCACCAGCAGGUUACUCCUUCCAGGUAGGUGUGUACAUGAACGGAACAAGUGACCGACCAGGGUACUUGGCCACCUUCUUCCACCUGACUUCAGGCCCCAACGACUACAAACUCAAGUGGCCGUGUCCGUGGCAGCAGGCAACUAUGGCCCUGAUGGAUCAGCAAUCUGACAUCAGACAGCAAAUGAACAUGCACCAAAUGGUCACCACUGAUCCCGACAUGAAGUUCUCUGAUGGCACUGAGUACUACUGGGAUAAUCCCAGGAAAGUGGGCUCUAAGGUACGUGAGUCUGAUGGCAGCUUUUACUAUCGAGGCCCAGGCUACGGAACGACUGCGUUCAUCAGCCACAGCAGACUAAAGAAAAGAAACUUCAGCAAAGGAGACGAUGCCUUCUUCCUCUUAAGUCUGGAAGAUAUAUCUGAUCUGUUGGUAUCUCAGCCUCUUCCCCGCUCUGCAGUCCAAGCUGAUGCAGGUCUGAUGAAGGCUGCAGACCAAGGUGCUCUGCAGGGAGCUGCUAAUAAUCCCAUGCUGCUUACAGUUGUGGCAGUGUCUGUGGCAGCAGCCAUGUUGGUGGUUUGUGUGCUGAUCAUAGGGAACACCUGGGAGAUGAGGAGGAGGAGACAGCAGCAGAUCGACAAGGUGGCGAUCCUACAGGAUAUGCCUGGAUUCAUGGUAUUAAACAUUAGGUAGCAGCCGUCCCAACAUUUUACAUCUCCUCUCACCACUCCAUGAUGUCCCGGUCAAAGGAAUCUAUCAUAUUUUCAACCCACUUUGGAUCAACCCAUGCCCACCUCCACAAAACGAAGGUGGGCAACCAGAUGUCAAGGACUGAUCACUGACUGUCAGCCUACUGCUAGCCAGCCCUCUGCACAAUGCACCUACAGCCCCUCUGAUUCAUUCCCCCUAGAAAGUUUUGUUUUGGGGAGUUGGGAGGCAGUCCAACCACUGAAGGUCCGUGAAAUUCAUGGUGUGGAAAGUACAGUGACAUGGAAAAUACCAAUAUGGGUAGUCAAAGGGAAACUUUGCUGAUUUUCAACCAGCUCUGUGUCAUUGCUGUGUCUGCAGGCAAAAGUUAGGUGGACCUCCACCAGCAAAUGAGCUUCCAGUGCUUGAGGCACAAUGGAGAGCCAAACACUUGGAGUUCCCCGCUGCACAUACUGCCUACAUUGUGAUGACAGAGCUGGCUGGAAAUCUGCAAAGUUUCCCUUUUAACAACUGUAACAACUUAAAUUCGGCAAGUGACUAUCAGUAAAAAAACCAUAGACAAUAAUGAUAAGCAACAUGACAGCUCCCCAAAAGUGAAGCCAAAACAUCUUGAUCACCCCCUGGUGGCUGGCUGCAGUAUAGGUCAUAUUAACAUAAAUGUUAAGUGGAUGAGACACGGCCGAAACCAGAAAAAUCAAAGCACAUGUCACAUAAGUUUUUGCUACUGCGCAGACUCUGGCUCCAAAUUACAUCACCAGUAUGAGAUGGCAGCGGAAGUAUCCAUGACAUUUUGGCUUCAUUUUUGUACGUAGGGAGUGGAGACACAUUGUCCAUCUUUAUAUACAGUGUGUGGUAAAAACAGACACAUGGAUACAUGAAGGAGGUACAGGGACAUGGAAACCCAAUGUCCUGCCUCUAAGGAGAGGGAUGAGAGGGGUAGAGCUCCUCAGUGAUUUUUGGCAAUGGUGGUGUCCUAAGCCACUGAUGAACUCAGGCUGUGUUGUUUCAUACAGCACCAAGCGUGCCACAAUGCGUACCACUCGCAGCUAAUUAUCAGGCCUUGACAUUUGGUGUCAUCUAAUUUUUACAUUUAAGUUGGAAAAAUGAUAGACAUCUUCAGCCAGAAGAUUUCAAGCCUUAAACACUUCAUUUCCUGAAUUCUGGUGAAUUUUUACACUCCAAUUUAUGGUGGAAAUGUUGUUAUUUACAUUAAGGAAAACACAAAAUUCAGGUGUCAGGUAACAAUUCAAAAUAUAAAGAUAUAAUGUAAUAUAAUACAGUAAGGCUCUCAGACAUUCUGUAUUGCUUUCAAAUAUUUACUCUCUUGCAGCUCAACUUUUCUCAUUCAGUGUUCUCUCUGCUGAGUCAACAUACAUGUAGGCAUGAUUUACUCAGUCCCCCUUUGUGUCUUUUGUGUUAGAGAAGUAACCUCUUAAGAUAUGCAUGUGGCACCUUUUCACAUUAUUGAUAGAUUAAUUCAUUAAAAACACCUGGAUUUUAAUAGCUCAUCUGUGCUACAGCAAGGUUUCUGCUUAUGUUUAAAACUUCGGAACAAACUCCAGACUGUCACCCAGGAGGCAGCUGUUCAUUUUGCAUGUGAAUUUUAAGCCCAAACCAAGAUGUUUUUUUGUCUCAAUCUAACCACAUGCUUUUGUUGCCAAAGCCUAAGGAAAUCAAUCUGACAACGAAGUGUUUUACCUACAUUGUCAGUUUAGUUUAAAACAUUGUUCAUAUUUAAAGAGCAGAACUGUACAUUUCCUGUGAAAAUGGAGGUAUAAGACACAAUGCAUGUAACAAGUAUAAAUUGACAUGUCGUACAUUCAUUCAUUCAUUCAUCUUCUAACCGCUUCAUCCUCUUGAGGGUCGCCUGGGGGGCUGGAGCCUAUCCCAGCUGACAUCGGGUGAGAGGCAGGGUUCACCCUGGACAGGUCGCCAGACUAUCGCAGGGCUGACACAUAGAGACAAACAACCAUUCACACUCACAUUCACACCUACGGACAAUUUAGAGUCACCAAUUAACCUGCAUGUCUUUGGACUGUGGGAGGAAGCUGGAGCACCUGGAGGAAACCCACGCUGACACGGGGAGAACAUGCAAACUCCGCACAGAAGGGCUCCCACGCCCGGGAUCGAACCGGCAACCCUCUUGCUGUGAGGCGACAGUGCUAACCACCACACCACCGUGCCUCCCAACAUGCCGUACAUGAACAUCCAAAACAGAUGCAGGAGGGUGCCGAGUGCAUCAUAUUUUGACAUGUGUGUCUACUAGCAAAGCAGCUGUAUUUGGGAUGAGUUGGGCCCAAAGAUUUACAUUGUGAAAGAGACAUCUGUAAACCAAUGGAUACAGUUUUCAAGCAUCACAUCCCCUGCAAAUGACUUGUUUAACUAUCAGGAUUUGAUUGAUUCAGUCCGAUUUCAAGAGUGUAGAGGGACGGCAUGCUUAAAUAAUUAUAUUCCCCUUGAAGUUAGCGCGGGUCUAAACUGGAAGUUAGCUUCUCUGAUAGGAAAGUUUCUAGUGCACCUGCUCUAUGGGUCCAAUGGUGUGAAAGCUCCAGGUUAUCUUACAAAUGGAAGUCCAACAUUUUUGGCCUCUAGCGCCACUGACCAACAUUCAUAGGAAUGAAUGGGGCUCCACUGCUAAUGCUGUAUCCAGGUCUCUUUAUACAUCCACUGUAAGAAUGCGUCUGUCACAGAAAGUCUCCUAUAGUAUGUCACAUGUGUGAAAGGGCACAUUCAGAUCUCAAUCUUUAAACAUUGUCUGGAGUUCAUAUGAGAAAACAGCUUGGUUAGGAUGGGAAAUGUAGUUUUUAAUUCAUACUACACGAAACAGCCAGAUGUAAGUACUUUUGAUCCCAACUAGCUCAAAUGUUUGAAAAUAGCAAAGUUUCUUUAUCAAAAAGUGGGGAUGCAAAAACACACCUUCGCUCCCUAGUGGGGGUGCAACUGCUCUGUUUGCUCCAAUGUUCAGGCACUUUUGUCUACUACUAGUUUUUAUGUUUUAUUUGAAUUUAUGUUUGAAAUAAAAUCUCCAAGAGUAUGCAUAUUCAAA